GGCCACCUUAGCAUUGCGGGUGAAAUGGACAGAUUCCACACGGUUAUUCGGAGUAUUGAAUUGUACUCCUUUGACACUGCUCCCAUACCCUCAAGCUGAAGUGCCCUUGGACAUUGUUAGAAACAAAACCAUCAAGCAAGUCAAGAUAGACAACAUGGACUUGAACAGCCUAUUCGAUGUCAAAGGCAAAGUUGUCCUCGUAACCGGCGGAGCUAAGGGCAUUGGCCGUAUGAUCUCGGAAGGGUUCGUCCAGAAUGGUGCCAGAGUUUACAUCUCAUCACGAGACGUCAAAGCAUGCGAUAAAGCUGUGCAAGAGCUGAACGCCCUUGGAAAAGGACAAGCCUUUGCCAUUCCCGCCGAUUUUUACAAGGAGUCGGAAUGUAAGAGACUGGCGGACGAGCUCAAGAAGAGAGAGAAAGAGCUCCAUGUCCUCAUCAAUAACAGCGGCAGCAAUUGGGGCGCUGCAUAUGACGAAUACCCGGACUCUGCCUGGACUCGCGUGCUAACCCUCAACCUCCAACGCGUCUUCACUAUCACCCAGCUAGUCACCCCCCUCCUCGAAGCUGCCUCUCGCGACGGCAAUCCGGCCCGCAUCGUCAACAUCGGCAGCGUCGACGGCCUGAAGGUCCCCUCGCUGGAGACCUUCGCGUAUUCCGCUAGCAAAGCCGGCCUGCACCAUCUGAGCCGGGUGCUCGCGAACCAUCUGGGACGGCGGAACAUCACGUCCAACACGAUUGCGUGUGGUCCGUUCCAGUCGAAGAUGAUGGCGGCGACGUUGGAGAAGUUCCAGGGUAUUAUCGAGAGUGGAAUUCCUUUGGGGCGGAUUGGGAAAGAAACGGACAUCGCGGGGACGUGCUUGUUCUUGAGCAGUCCGGCGGGGUCGUAUGUCAACGGAGCCACGAUAACGCUCGAUGGCGGGUCGGUAAUUGGGUCUUCAAAGCUGUAAAAGAACGGAUCAUGGAUCUAUUGGAUAAGCAUGGGCAGCACGGUCUUCAAUAUUUACCUAUGGGAUUAUGCUGGAAGGGUUCCCAAUCUUGCUUUAGUUACUAUAUAAAAUUAGUGGCUUGUAUAUCAAUCUGGAACUUAUCCAAACAAACAAAAGCAUUGGGCCUUUUGAAGAUAGGC